AAUCAAGAAGGGACUAACCCCACCAUUCCCUUCAGCGCGCUCUCUCUCUCUCUCUCUCUCCUGAGUGCUGAAUUCGCCGCCCCUUUUUUCCAAACCUCUCUUUCUUCGAAGCUUCUCUCUCUCUCUCUCAAAUCCCUUCCCUUCCCUUCAUCCUCCUCUUUCAGAUCUCCCUUUAUUUUUCUUCCUUUUGGUUUUUUCUUCGAUUUUGAGAUCUAGGGCCUUUUAAUUUCCGCAAUUACUCGCACCGCUUCUCUUUUCUUCGUUCUAGGGUUCCGAUCUGUCGUUCAAUUCUGUUUUCCAUUGUGGGCCGUGUCUGAAUUCUCGAUCCGUUCCUUUUUUCUUUUCCUUUCUCCUUAAAAUUUGUUUUCUUGGUGUCGGUUUGUUUGAGGCUGUUCUUUUUAGAUUUUUUUAAAAAUAUCUUUCUUUUUCGGAUAUUUGUGCGUUGAGAUCAUGGGGGGCUCGGAAGGGGUGGGAGCAUCGUCGAAGCAAUUCGGUGUCACGAAGCCCAUAUCAAUGGCUGGCCCAACGGUUACUGAUUUGCAGAGGACUCGUGAGUUAGAGAAGUUUCUCGCUGUUUCGGGGCUUUACGAGAGCAAGGAGGAAGCUGCCAAAAGGGAAGAGGUUCUUCACCGACUUGGAGAGAUAGUGAAAAAUUGGGUGAAGCAACUUACCCGCCUUAGGGGAUACACUGAUCAAAUGGUGGAAGAUGCAAAUGCUGUCAUUUUGACUUUUGGUUCUUAUCGGCUUGGUGUUCAUGGUCCUGGGGCUGAUUUAGACACUUUAUGCAUUGGGCCGUCCUAUGUAAACCGGGAGGAGGAUUUUUUCUACACAUUGCAUGAUAUCUUAGCUAACAUCGAGGAAGUCACAGAACUGCAACCAAUUCCGGAUGCUCAUGUCCCAGUUAUGAAAUUCAAGUUUGAUGGAAUAUCAAUUGAUCUCCUCUAUGCCAGUAUUUCUCGAUUGAUUGUACCUGAAGACUUGGAUAUAUCUGAUGUCUCUGUUCUACACAAUGUUGAUGAGCCUACCGUGCGAAGUUUGAAUGGCUGUAGGGUUGCAGAUCAAAUUCUAAAGCUUGUUCCUAAUGUUGAGCACUUUCGCACAACACUUCGUUGCUUGAAAUUUUGGGCCAAAAGGCGAGGCAUUUAUUCUAAUGUGACAGGUUUUCUUGGUGGUGUUAACUUGGCACUUCUUGUAGCUCGAGUGUGCCAGUUUUAUCCAAAAGCAGUUCCAAGUAUGCUUGUUUCUAGAUUCUUCAGGGUAUAUACACAGUGGCGGUGGCCAACUCCUGUCAUGUUAUGUCCAAUAGAGGAGAAUGAUCUUGGGUUUCCUGUUUGGCAUCCUGGUAAAAAUCCUCGUGACAGAUCCCAUCAUAUGCCAAUCAUUACCCCUGCCUAUCCCUGUAUGAAUUCUAGUUAUAAUGUUUCUAUGAGCACACUUCGUGUGAUGAUGGAGCAGUUCCAAUAUGGCAAUAAAAUCUGUGGGGAAAUAGAAUUGAGUAAAGAUUGUUGGAAGGCUCUGUUUGAAAAGUAUAGUUUCUUUGAAAGCUAUAAAAACUACUUGCAAGUUGAUGUAGUUGCUGCUGAUGCCGAUGACUUGCGCAGCUGGAAAGGUUGGGUGGAAUCACGCCUUCGCCAGCUGACUUUGAUGAUUGAACGUGAUACUUUUGGGAAGUUGCAAUGUCAUCCCUAUCAUCAUGAGUUUGUCGAUACUUCAAGGCAGUGUGCCCAUUGUGCUUUCUUUAUGGGUUUGCAUAGGAAAGAGGGAGAAGUUGUUCAAGAAGGCCAGCAAUUUGAUAUACGAGGGACAGUUGAAGAAUUUCGGCAUUCUGUUAAUAUGUACAUGUUCUGGAAACCAGGGAUGGAGAUUUAUGUUUCUCAUGUUCGUAGAAGGCAAAUUCCAUGCUAUGUGUUUCCUGAUGGUUAUAAACGAUCUCGGCCAUCAAGGCCAACAUCACAAUUUGAGAAUUGUAAAUCAUUUCAUAAUAAUGAGGUUUCUGUGACUGAACAUGUGGAGAGAAUCCGUAAGAGGAAGAACAAUGAUGGUGUGGAUGUGAGGGAGGAUGCUAUAGUUAAAAGGCAAUAUGCUUGUCCUCCUGGGGAUAGAUUGGCAAGACGCAACAGCCUUGGUACUGGUGGUUUGUCUGUUGAAGCUGUAUCUGAUAGUCAAGAGUUGAGAAGUGUGGAGUGCAAUCAUUUGUCAAACAGUGGGCAAGAUGAUUUGGAUAGAACAGAGUCUCCUGAAGCUGCUUCAAAUUCUAGUGUGAUUACAUCUGUUGGUUCUUCUGAAGAUAUUGUAUCUGUGUCAGUGGCUGGUUGUGUUGAGAACUCCAGGGGUGUUGAAAUGAUGAACAAUGGAAGGUUUGAGGAUACUACUUAUGGGAAUGAUUCUGUCACACUGGUGAAAAAUAUAGUGGCCAGUGGAAAUGAAGUGUUUCAGCAUGAGCUACAGCAGCAGUUGCAGCCGAAUGCAAUGCUAGGGAUGGUUCUUGAUUCUGCAGAAAAGGUUCUCUCAGAAGCUGUGCAAGAGCCGGUGAUAAGGAGAUUGAGUCUACCAUCGACAGUUUAGAUAUCAGUGGCAAUGUCUGGAAGUGGCAAUUGUUCAAGUGGAGAAAGAAGAGAGCCAGCAAUUUGGGUAAGUACUAAUUUAAAUGGCUGGCUUUCAUUUCUCUAUUUUUUUCAGGCUUGCUUGAUCGUUCAAGCAUGCAAAUUGGAACUGAUCUGCAUCAGGCUGAAGAGUUGGAGCUGAGAUUUGUCAGCCUUUGUACAGUUUGCAUUUUUUUGUGCAUUUGACUCAACUAACUUUACUAGAAUCUCUGUUUAGGAUUCUUCCUAAACUUAGUGGCAUAUUUGAAAGGCUCUUGCUGUACUUUGCUGUUUUGCUUUAUUUUAGGGCUAGGGAGAUCCCGGGAGGGUGGUGGAGGGUUUGGGUAGUGUUUUAUAGCAGCAGAGGGGGCUUAGUUAGCAGCAACAUUAUUAAUACUGAUAUUGUUGUACUGCCUCUGAGAGGUUAUAAACUUGACAGUGGUGAUAUGAUAAACUGCGAUCUCAACCUUCUAUCUGUUGUA